UACAGAGGCGCGGUGCGGAGGCCUCUGGGACCGGGCGGGCGGAUCGGCGAAAGUUGUCUGUAGUAUAAAUAAUGGUGGAGACCUCUCGACCAGCAUCCAGUACUCGUUUGGCUCUCCUGGUCUCUUGAACGCACAGCUAUGAGACAUCUGUGUCUCGUCGCUUUCCUGGCGCUGUUCGCCCUCGCGUCAGCAGCCACCAAGAAAGAGGAUCUCGAACGAGCAGCCGAGCUCGCAGUUGAAAAAGCGGCGGAAAAGGCGGCAGAAAGGGCGGUUGAAAAGGACAUUGAAAGCGGGAAAACAUCAACGGAUACAAAGACGAUCCAUGAGUCCCACUCGAGCGAGGACAAGAAGAACGAAAAGCGUAGCACGCUAGGUCUUGGCUACGGAUCCGGAUCCGGAUGGCAGUCGCUGGGUUCAAACGGCGGUUGGCAAUCGCUGGGCAAUUCCAACAAUGGCUGGCAAUCAGUCGGUUCAAACGCUGGCUGGCAAUCGCUGGGUUCAAACGCUGGUUGGCAAUCCCUUGGUUCCAACGCUGGCUUGCAAUCCCUUGGUUCCAACGCUGGUUGGCAAUCCCUUGGUUCAAACGCUGGCUGGCAAUCGCUCGGCAAUUCUAACGGUGGUUGGCAAUCACUGGGCAGUUCGAACAAUGGCUGGCAAUCGUUGGUCUCAAACGGUGGAUUGGGUUCAUCAAGCCUUGGUAACGCAGGCUGGCAAUCAUCGGGCCUGAGUGGCAACGGAGGAUUGCAAUACGGUUCCGGAAACGGAGGCUGGCAGUUGUCCGGUGUUAACGGAGGAGUCUACGCAGGUGGACUGGGUGUGAAUUCCGGUCUGGGUUACGGGGGUGGUUGGUCAGCCGGAGGCAAUGGUGGAGGCGCAGUUCUGGAUGGUGGAGCGGUUGUAAGUGGAGUUCAGGGCUGGAACGGCGGCCAGAAGUUAGUCUCAGUGAACACUGUGAAGACAUUGACGGUUGAGAAGAAGAUUCCGGUGCCAGUGACAGUCGACAAGAGGGUCCCAGUCCCUGUUUACCGUCACGUCCCGUACGAGGUCAAGGUGCCAGUUCCGGCACCCUACACCGUCGAGCGCAAGGUGCCCUACCCCGUCAAACACUACGUGAAUGUCCCGGUCCACGUGCCGCAGCCCUACCACGUCACUAAACACGUACCCUACGAAGUCAAGGUCGACAGACCUGUGCCAUACCGCGUUGAGGUCAAGGUGCCACAGCCGUACACCGUCGAGAAGAGGGUGCCAGUUGAGGUCAAGGUGUCUGUACCGCAGCCCUACACCGUCGAGAAGAAGGUACCGUACGAGGUCAGGGUACCGGUCCAUGUGCCUCAGCCCUAUGAGGUUAUCAAGAAGGUCCCCGUAAGAGUCGAGGUCCCCGUUGACAGGCCCUACACGGUUCACGUGCCCAAACCCUACCAGGUCUUCGUCAAAAGACCGUACCCCGUAGAGGUCCCCAAACCCUACCCCGUCGAAGUUAAGGUUCCGGUCGACAAGCCCUACCCAGUUCCAGUGGAGAAGCCGUACCCCGUUCACGUCAAGGUCAACGUGCCGCAACCCUACAACGUAGUGAAGCCGGUUCCAGUUCAGGUCGAGAAGCCAUACCCAGUCCCAGUCAAGGUACCGGUGGACAGACCAUACCCUGUUGUCGUCGAGAAACCCUAUCCAGUUGACGUCCAGGUUCCGGUUCCCGUCAGCGUUCAGUCCAACUCCUGGAACUCUGGAGUCUCGAGUGGUGGUGAAAGCUUCGGAGUAUCAUCCGGUGUUUCCGACUCAGGAUCUUACGGAGGCGUUUCUGGAAUCUCCGUAGAUCAGGGAUACGGAUCGUCGGGUAUUUCUGGUGCCGGCGUAAGCUCUGGAUCUGUUUCGAGCUUGUCCUCUGGUGACUUCUCCGUACAAUCCGAACUCACGCCACCUGUUAUCUCGGCGGAAGGAGGUAGUUACGGCUCUGGAUGGUCAUCCCAGGGAAGCGGUGAACUGAUCAACUCUGGAAGCGGACUGGUCAACUCCGGAAACGGAUGGUCGUCCCAAGGUAGCGGCGAACUGAUCAACUCUGGAAGUGGACUGGUCAACUCCGGAAGUGGACUAGUCAACUCUGGAAGCGGAUGGUCGUCCCAAAGUAGCAGCGAACUGAUCAACUCUGGAACCGGAUUGGUCAACUCUGGAAGCGGAUGGUCAUCCCAAGGAAGUAGCGACUUGGUCAACUCCGGAAGUGGAUCGUCGGUACAAGGAAGCAGUGGAUGGUCCAGCGACAAGACCACUGGAUGGUCAGGUGAGAAGAACAGUGGAUGGUCACGAAGCUAGAGGGUUUUCGACUCCAGCGUUCUAACGAUAACUUUUGUACAUUGUAGUAAUAUUGUUUGAACGAGUCGAUGAUGUUUCAAUUUUUUUACCUACUGCUCAUAGUCACGUGUGUAUAUUGAUGUUAAUGACAUAAUGAUUAUAUUGUAAAAGGAAAGACCGAAAUACUUUGUACGCACACAUCGAUGUGUAAUAAAAGACGAUUUUUAUACGAA